CACUCACUCAUUCCCGCCCCAUUUUGUUAUCUCUGUCUCUGACACUCGUCUAGCCUGUCUCUCUCUCUCUCUGUCUGUCUAUCUCUCUCUCUCUCUCUGACUCGUCUAGCCACUCUCAUUUCACCUCCCCCUUUUUCCCCUCUGAAUGACAGAAAUGCCAUCUCCUCUGCCAACAGUGAUGAAACAUCAUCCGUGUCCAUGGAACUAUUGUUACUUUUUCUGCUCCCAAACCCUUCAGCCACCAUGUCUUUGUGUAUAAUUCACACGCUACACACUACACACUAGGUUUAGGUUUUACAAUGCUCGGUCCUGUCUGGAAUUGCCCUCAGGAGCGACUGGGCUGUUUCUCUGUUUCUGUCUCUCUCUCUCUCUCUCUUUCACGCUCUCUCUCUCUCUCUCUCUCUCUCAGUCUUUUUUAUGGAGGUACCCAGGAUCAGUUGAGAAUCAUGUGACGACAAGAAGAGCUGGUGGGGCUUAGGCUAAGGCCCAGUCAGACAACCAGACAGCCCAGCCCAGCCCAGGCCAGCUCAGACCAGCCCAGACCAGCACAGCAAAGUAAAGCACAGCACAAACUAAAGCGCACAGCUCAAAAGUGCAGACGGACUUUCAGCCUACUUAACUUGGCUUCUCAUAAGGGGCGAAAGCGCUAAGGAGAAGAAAGGAGGAAGCUAGAAUGGCAGAAGUAUCGUACAGCAAAAGCUGUCUGUAGCCAAGCAGAAAAAAAGAAAAGGAAUUUGAAUGUGAAACUUGAAGUUGCAUUGAGCUUGCUGUGUAUUUAUUGUAGCGAGGAGCAGGAUCCCAGGAUGGUGGUUAGGACAUAGGCUUGCAGAUGAGGAUGCUACGAAAGUGUGCGGGGGAGGAGAACUGGGUGGACAGCCGGACGGUGUACAUCGGCCAGAAGGAGCCGCCCCCGGGGGCCGAGGCCUACAUCCCACAGAGAUUCCCCGACAACAGAAUAGUCUCCUCUAAGUACACGUUCUGGAACUUCGUACCGAAGAACCUGUUUGAACAGUUCCGGAGGAUAGCCAACUUCUACUUCCUCAUUAUCUUUCUGGUGCAGCUUAUCAUUGACACUCCAACCAGUCCCAUCACCAGUGGCCUGCCUCUCUUCUUUGUCAUCACAGUAACAGCCAUCAAACAGGGCUAUGAGGAUUGGCUACGGCACAAGGCAGACAAUGCCAUCAACCAGUGUCCAGUGCAUGUCAUCCAGCAUGGCAAUGUGGUGCGCAAACAGAGUCGAAAGCUCAGGGUUGGCGACAUCGUGAGGGUGAAGGAGGACGAGUCGUUUCCAUGUGACCUCAUCCUGCUCUCCACCAGUCGAGACGAUGGCACCUGCUUCGUCACCACCGCCAGCCUGGACGGAGAGUCCAGUCACAAGACCUACUACGCGGUGCAGGACACCAAGGCUUUCAACACGGAGGAUGCCAUCGACACCAUACAUGCCACCAUUGAAUGUGAACAACCACAACCAGACCUCUACAAAUUUGUGGGCCGCAUCAAUAUCUACAUGGCGAGGGAAGAGCCCGUCGCAAGGCCGCUGGGAUCGGAGAACUUGCUGCUGCGGGGAGCUACGCUAAAGAACACGGAGUACAUCUACGCUGUGGCUAUCUACACUGGCAUGGAGACCAAAAUGGCGCUGAACUACCAAUCAAAAUCCCAGAAGCGCUCAGCGGUAGAAAAGUCCAUGAAUUCCUAUUUGAUCGUGUACCUGUGCAUCCUGAUCAGCAAGGCGCUCAUCAACACCGUCCUGAAGUACGUGUGGCAGGCCGACCCCAACAGGGACGAGCCCUGGUACAACCAGAAGACGGAGACCGAGAGGCAGCGCCACAUACUCAUCCGAGCCUUCACGGACUUCCUGGCGUUCAUGGUGCUGUUCAACUACAUCAUCCCCGUCUCCAUGUACGUCACCGUGGAGAUGCAGAAGUUCCUGGGCUCCUACUUCAUCACCUGGGACGACGACAUGUUCGACGAGGAGCUGGGCACGGGAGCGCUCGUCAACACCUCAGACCUCAACGAGGAACUGGGACAGGUGGAGUACGUGUUCACGGACAAGACGGGAACGCUGACGGAGAACAACAUGGAGUUCAUCGAGUGCUGCGUGGACGGCCACGUGUACGUGCCUCACGCCAUCUGCAACGGCCAGGUCAUGGCGGCCGCGGCGGGCAUCGACAUGAUCGACUCGUCGCCUGGCGCCGAGAGCAGGGAGCAUGAGGAGUUGUUCUUCCGUGCGGUGUGCCUGUGCCACACGGUGCAGGUGAAGGAGGAGGAGACGGUGGACGGCAUCAAGAGGGGCAUCCACCAGGGCAAGGCCACCUCCUUCUACAUCUCCUCAUCGCCCGACGAGGUGGCACUGGUGGAGGGCAUGAAGAGGCUGGGCUUCACCUAUCUGCGUCUGAAGGACAGUCACAUGGAGAUCCUUAACAGGGACGACGAGAUCGAGCGGUUUGAACUGCUGGAGGUGCUGACCUUCGACUCCGUGAGGAGAAGAAUGAGUGUCAUAGUGCGAUCCAGUACAGGGGAGUACUACCUGUUCUGCAAGGGGGCAGAUUCGGCCAUCUUCCCGCGAGUAGUCGCCGGCAAGGUGGAGCAAGUGCGGGCACGCGUGGAGCACAACGCAGUGGAGGGUCUGCGGACGCUGUGCGUAGCGUAUAAGAAGCUGAAUCACCAUCAGUACGAGGAGGUGUGCCACCUCCUGAGCAGUGCUAAGCUGGCGCUGCAGGACCGGGACAAGAAGCUGUCCGAGGCCUAUGACGAAAUCGAGCGCGACUUCAUCCUGCUGGGGGCCACCGCCGUGGAGGACAGGCUCCAGGACAAGGCGGCGGACACCAUCGAGUCCCUGCACAAGGCGGGCAUGAAGGUGUGGGUGCUGACGGGGGACAAGAUGGAGACGGCGGCCGCCACCUGCUACGCCAGCAAGCUGUUCCGCCGCAGCACGCAGAUCCUGGAGCUCACCACCAAGCGCACCGAGGAGCAGAGCCUCCACGACGUGCUGCACGACCUCAGCCGGACGGUGCUCAGACACCACGGCAGCAUGAUCAGAGAUACCUUGUCAGGUCUGUCCAACGAGUUCCAGGACUACGGCCUGAUCAUCGACGGGGCGACGCUGUCCGCGGUGCUGAAGCCGUCGGAUGAGGAGAGUGGAGGGGGCAACUACAAGGAGAUCUUCCUGGAGAUCUGCCGGAACUGCAGCGCCGUCCUCUGCUGCCGCAUGGCGCCCCUGCAGAAGGCACAGAUUGUGAAACUGAUCAAGGCCUCCAAAGAGCAUCCAAUCACGUUAGCCGUUGGAGACGGGGCCAAUGAUGUCAGCAUGAUCCUGGAAGCCCAUGUGGGCAUUGGAAUCAUGGGUAAAGAAGGACGUCAGGCGGCCCGAAAUAGCGACUACGCAAUCCCCAAGUUCAAGCACCUGAAGAAGAUGCUGCUGGUGCACGGCCACUACUACUAUAUCAGGAUAGCAGAGCUGGUGCAGUAUUUCUUCUACAAGAAUGUGUGCUUCAUCUUCCCUCAGUUCCUCUACCAGUUUUUCUGUGGCUUCUCACAGCAGCCUCUGUACGACACAGCAUAUCUUACCCUCUACAAUAUUAGCUUCACCUCGCUGCCUAUCCUGCUGUACAGUCUGAUCGAGCAGCACAUCAACAUGGACAUCCUCAAGAAAGACCCCUCCCUCUACAGGGAUAUUGCAAAGAACUCGCUGCUGCGCUGGCCCAUCUUCAUCUACUGGACCUUCCUGGGGGUCUUUGACGCAGUGGUCUUCUUCUUUGGUGCUUUCUUCCUCUUUGACAACACCACCUUCACCAGCAAUGGACAGCUAAUGACCACCAACACACAGAUGAUGUUUGGGAACUGGACUUUCGGGACCCUGGUCUUCACUGUGCUGGUGUUCACUGUCACGCUCAAGCUUGCUCUUGACACGCAUUACUGGACGUGGAUAAACCACUUCGUCAUUUGGGGAUCGCUGCUCUUCUACGUGAUAUUCUCCUUGUUGUGGGGAGGAAUCAUAUGGCCCUUCCUGAACUACCAGAGGAUGUACUACGUCUUCAUGCAGAUGCUGUCCAGCGGCCCCGCCUGGCUCAGCAUCAUCCUGCUCAUCAUGGUCAGCCUGCUGCCCGACGUGGUCAAGAAGGUGCUGUGCAGAGCACUGUGGCCCACCACCACCGAGCGCAUACAGAACGCUGAUAAGUUGUACCGCGGUCACCUGGCGGAGUUCACCCCCAUGUCCACACUGCACGCCCCGCCCCAUCACCCUCACCACCACGGAGGCAGAGGGGUCGGCGAACUCAAGCGCCCGGACGGACAGAAUUACCCGGCCCACCAUCACCACCACCACCACCACCACCAUCCCCACCACCCCCCACACAGGUCUGACCCUUCCCCCCCUCCCCAUAAGAAACUGCUGUUUUCCCACUGGGGGGGCAAGGGGGGUGGGCGUGGGGGAGGCCGGGCCGUGGCUCCCGAUUACUGCACCUUCAGCUCCGUGCUACCCCCAAUGACCCUCGGGGACAACCCCCGCUUCUCGGGGGCCACGUUCGCCUACAAUGCGCCGGGCCCCGAGACGUCCUUGUGACCCCUCUACCAACUCCAUAGACUUCCCUCUUAUCCUCUCCAAUCUCAUACAUAAACACACACACACACACACACACACACACACACACACUCGGAUGAACAUACACUCAUGCUUGUACACACACACACACACACACACACACACAUACACAUACACACACAUGCACAUGCUCACAUGUACUUUUCGUAUUCUGUACACACACACACACACACACACAUACACAGCCUUUUUGAUCACACAAUAGCACCAAUCAAGCCACAACCUUUAAGCAUCACUGCUCAUCAUAGAUCCAAUGACUUUGCAAGGCAUUUGUGCGUGUACUUCAGACUUUGUCUCAAAGCUUGCACACACACACACACACACACACACACACACACACACACACACACACACACACACACACACACACACACACACACACACACACACACACACACACACACACACACACACACACUCUAUACACACUUGAGGUGCCUGUACAGUUUAUCAGUUAGUGAAGCCACUCAGUGCUGGUGUUUCUCCAGCAGAGGGCGCUAGUCAGUCAGGGAAGUCUUGGGACUCAGAGGCCUUAGUUGAGGUGAAGGAUCAGAGACAAGAAGAAGAAGAAGACCAGGGACCACCUCCACCUUACACUCUACCGCACGCACACACACACAUACACUCACACAUACACACACAUACACACACACAUACACACACACACAUGCUUGGUCUCUCACCAACAAGCACGCGCGCACACACACACACACACACACACACACACACACACACACACACACACACACACACACACACACACACACACACACACACACACAAACACAGAGAAAGCUAUGCGCACAACCCCUUCCCCACACUCGCUCUCUCAUUUGUCGUCCAUAUCUGAAAGCUGGGAAAGCAAGCGAGCGUGUUCAUACAACACGCUCUUCUCUAUGAUUACUGACUCUUCCCAGACUUUCAUGUGAUGGUGUUUCUCUGUGUGUGUGUGUGUGUGUGUGUGUGUGUGUGUGUGUGUGUGUGUGUGUGUGUGUGUGUGUGUGUGUGUGUGUGUGUGUGUGUGUGUGUGUGUGUGUGUGUGUCGGUAUGCCGGUAUGCUUUGGGUGUCUUGUGUUUGUGUGUAUGUGGAAAGUCUGUGCCACCCAUCUUCAUGUGUCUCUCUCUCUCUCUCUCAUUCUAACCUUUAUGUAUGUUGUUCAUGUGACAUUACUUGAAGUAACCAUUUGGCACUACGGUAUUUAAAUCUGUCAUUAGCUGCCUGUCUCAAGAGAGCCUUUGUUUUUGUUUGUCUUGUUUUUUUAAUUUGACAUGAACGUGGUCUGACUAUCAUAUGCGAUGGUGUAAGCAGUUCCAGUGUAUUUGUGCAUGUGCCUGAACUGACUGAGCUUUUUUUCUUUCUCUUUUUUGUUCUUUGUCUUCUUUCUGUCUGUCUUUCUUUCUUUCUGUUUGUCCAACUACUCAUCUUCGACCCCCCCCCCCCAACACCAACCCCUUUCUUUUUUUCUUCUGUCCUUUUUUUCUUUUGUCCUUUUUUAUAGAACAAACUGGUGUUGCCUUUGUGCAAACCUUUGUGCGAGGAACACGCCAUAAGACCGCAACGUCUUAUUGCAUAUUUAUUGUAAGUUUCCGCCAGGCCCAGUUAGUGCUAGUGCUCAAGCAUAGAUCAGUAGUCGACAGCUGGAACUAGCGUGUCCAUGGGAACUAGCACAUGUAGUGUUAAAGUAAAUACGUACUAGGCACAACUUCCCUAGAUGAAUGCCGUAACCAUGGCGACAACAACACAACACUGACUUGACUACACACUUGUUUCCGGUUCGAAAACGUUUAUAUAUCACGUUCUAGUGCUGUUGCAGUAUUUUAAUUUUAUUUGUUUUGGUUUUCCCGGAAACAAUAUUGUUGUUCUUGCUGCAAGUUACGGUAGUGUUAGUGGGAAGUGUUCAGCUAGUGUGUCAUCGCGACUCUACAAAAGGGCCAAAUGUGUGCAAGUGCAAUACCGUUUAAGUGCACCAGGGGGUGCCCUCACCACAGUAUCUUCAGAGCCGUAUACGGCUCUGAGUAUCUUUAUGUCUCAUGUUGCCGAUAAACUGCAGCAGUGAAUGUACAAUACAUAUUUGUCCUCUCGCAAGCACCCUCCUGUGCAAUCUGACGGUCUGUAACGGCAGAGUUUUUGAAGAAAGGCUGCUUAGAUCUGUGCUCAGUGUUGGUCUGUGUGUAUGUGCUGGUACUGUACGUAGACGUGUAUGUUACCGUACGCCCCUUGCAAUGUCCAUGCAUCCUCAAACAGAUCAGUUCCAUCUGAGCAGCAUUUGGCUGCUAGGUGAGAGCUUCUGUUAUGCCUUAAUGUAUACAUUAACGUUCCCAUUUAAUUUCACACAAACAGAACCAAAGGUGUAAAAAAAAAUGUGGGGAAAAACAACUAAAAACGACAUACUCUUUACAUGUUUCUUUGCCUUACAUAUAGACAUUAAAUAAAUCGAAUAGGAAGGGAUCAGCUUUGUGUCGGCAUUAUAAGACUUAAAGCCAUUCUGCCUUAAGGAACACCCGUGUGGUCGGACUAGAUCACAUGAUCAAUCACAUGAUCCAUGGCUGUUGCCACCAUCCAGAAGGGCUCCACAUCCAGAAAAAAAGAUGAAAAAGCACCACAAACACAAGAAAAUAGAUUUUUAAAAACAUCUACUUUAAGUUGAUUGGUUGUCACACGCAGAUGUAAAUAAGACCACAUCUCAGACUGAUGUGUUUGUCCCUCUUUUCAUUCAGGAUGUGCUGUCCAUGACCUGUUUUAGCAACUCAACCUGCUUAAUUUUAUAUUUCAUUAUUUAAUUGAAAUCUUAACAUGUCAUCACUACCAUCUGCAAACUAUGACAAACUGCGGAGCAAUAGUGUUGGAGACCUCAAAAGUGAGCCAAUGGCUCCGUCCGAAGAAGUUUUAUUGUGCAUUACAUAGUACACACUCUGCAUAGGGAUCUACAAGUUCAACUUGCACCCUAUGUAGUGCUCUAUGUACCUAUGUAAGGGAGUGAACAUUUCAGACACUUUUGAUGUCUGCCUGUGGUACACUGCUGGGGGCAGGUGACAGUACACUGGGUCAUAGUGUCCUCCAUCAAUCAUCCCAUAGUCACCUAGCAACUCCUCCGUCUGAGAGUUGAGUUUCAUUUUCUAGCAAGAGCAUCUCCCCCCCACCCCACCCUCCACCCCCUGUUGCUGUGUAUUCAAAAGUAGCGUCUACUGUAGUGGUGGCUACUCUGAAUGCUGACAGUGGGUUGUCAUGUUUUUGUUAUGUUUUUUUUAAAAGCAUCAAUAUAGCCUUAAGUUACCUGCUCUGUCAGAGUAUCCUCUCCGCUCCCAUCCAUAGCCACCGUUUCAUUCUGUAGGCUAGUGAAGGUAGUGUUUUCCCUUAGUUCUCAUCCAUCGACACAACCUGCUGCUGUGUAUUCAGAAGUUGGCUUCUACUCUAGGGGUAGCAAGUCUGAAUGUUGAGAGUGGGUUGUCAUGUUUUUUAAAAAAAAGCAUGAACAUCAAACAACCUUAAGUUACCUCCUCUGUCAGAGAAGAGCAACUCUGAAUAUCUUGAGUGGGUUGUCACUGGAUGGCAGUACUGUAGGUUGUGGGUUGUUUUAAGUGUGACCAUUUCAUCACUUGGAAACAACUUGCCUACUCUGCUUAAUGCAAUAUUCAUAAUGUUUUCUUGUUUUCCAUUUGUGUCUGACCUUAUUGUUUCCUUCAAAUCUAUUAAUUUGUUGUUUGUUUGUUUGUUUCUGUCUCCUCUCCACAUGCCCUUGCAUUUCUGUCUUGCAGCCGUGCUUUUCCAUCCUUCCUCUUGGAUCGUCCGUCGUUUCUCCUCUUCUGUUGUUUUUUUACUCUCUACCUCCUCACCGUGGUUUGCCCCUCAUUCACCCAUUCACUCGUUCACCCACUCACUUAAUUCACUCAUUCACUCUCUCACUCUCCCCAGUGGCCGCUCAUUGUGUUCUCAUGACUAACGUGUGUAUUAUGGCAGGGUCAGGAAGACAGCGAUGAAGGCAUCAUCCCCUUACUAGGUUUUGAAUGCAUCAUUGUUUAUUAUUUGUGUUAGAUAAUAUUGACUACUAUUACUGCUUUGUUAAGACUCUUAGCUGCUUGACAGUAGGUGCCUUCAGGUCCUUUAUGAGAUGUUUUUGGGGUUUUUUUUUUCAGCACACACACACACAUACACACACACACACACACACACACACACACACACACACACACACACACACACACACACACACACACACACACACACACACACACACACACACACACGUGCACUUGCACACACGCACUUACACACACGUUGACAUUCUUCCAAUCACACACACACUCUUUCACUCGCACACGCAUCAGUCUCCCACACCCAUAGAGGCAGCCAGCCACUUUAGCAUCCUCUGUUUUCAUGCAGAAAUGCCUCAAGUAACUGUGGAGAUGGCAUGCAACGCAUCAGAUGUAAUCCCCCUCAGAUUAAGUAAUCCCUCAGAUUAAAAGAUUCUCAUAAGAAAACAUAAACUGGGUCACAUUAGACUGCAAAGCAUUGCUUUAGUUAGUUUGCGGUGGGGGGGAUGAAAUGCAUUGUGUGCAAGAGAACCACAAUCAAAAAAUCAUUACUGCGGAAUGUUGUUGUUUUGUUUUUUGUUAUUUUUUUGUUUUGUUUUUUAUUACUAUUGUUUUUGGCAUAUAUCACAGUGAAGAGGUUUACAAAUAUCGAACAAACGAAUGAAUACAUGAAUGAAAUCCUAGCCAGGAGAUGUAUAUAUUAUACAUAUGCUCUGCAGUCCAAAGCUGUUACACUGUUCUUGAGUGAGUGUGUGGACACACCGCAAGUCACUUUUUUUGGGGAGGUGGUGUUGGUAGUGGAUGUUGCCUCCUCAUCGUCUCCAACCUAGCAGAGACGGUGGAGGCUCAUCUUAUAAUGUUUACUGUGAGAAUGUUCUCUCCAACUCUGUGGUAUUUAAAAGAAAAACACUGUGGGCAUCAAGCUUUAUCACGAGUUUGCUGUUCGAGGGUACAGUACACGACAAGUCUGUGCAGGCAUGUUUUCUUUCUUUCUUUCUUUCGUUUCUUUUAAAUGUUCACAAUGUUGCAUGCCUCCCCAAACUGAAUCCGAACAUAUACGUAUACAGCCCCUUCAGGUAUCUUGUGUAAAGCUACCUGUUAAGGCAACAGUUCCCAGAACUUGAAACAAAAUAAGAAUAUUUGGUCAAUAUAGUAUAUUAUAUUUAUAUGUGCACACACUGUAAGAGAAAGAUAUUUCUUUGAGGUGUAAUCAGAGAUUUAUCACAACUCAUGGGUUACAUUUCUUUUUUUGCCACAAAAUUGUCUUGCUUCUACAGUCAUUGUUUUGUUUGCACGUAGAAUUCUUUUUUAUCAUUCUGUUUUUUAGUUGUUAUUACUAUGAAAAUGUGCAUACAGAAACACUGAAUGGCUUCUUGGCAUGAGGGCCCCCCUUUUUUUACAAAAAGAGAUUGAGGCCGUGUAUUUAACAAAUCUGAAUUGAUUUUCCCCUGUGGUGUUGCAAUGUCCAUCAGGAUUUUUGAAUGUAUCAAGAACACACAGCCCCCUACCCUCCUCCUCUUCAACACCGUAUCAAACGAAAAGCGUAUUUGCUUACCUCAACAAGCAGAGAAAGAAAAUACACACAUUAAAAAAAUCAUCAACCUCUUGUCAAACUGUGCAACACCAUUUAGAGAAGCGCUGGAACAAAACAUUUUUUCCUUGCAAAAUCUACUGAUUGUGAAAGCGAAAGAGAUGAAAAUGAAAUGUAAAAAAAAUAUGUAAUAACUGCGUUGCUACUGGAAACCUCUGUGUGAAUCCACAGAGCUGGCCACUUGUGUACUGCAGGGCUCUGUGGGGGGACGAUGUCAUUUUGUCACCGCGUCCCUUGACUUCACAGUCCUGUCUGUCUGCUCACCUGAAUUAUCUGAAAUGCGAUAUUUUCUAUAACUUCAAGAGAAUCAACUUUUUUGCUACUUUUUGUAUUCAGAUUUAAAAUAUAAAAAUCGAGAGAGAACGUUACUUACCUUAUUUAUUUUAGGGUAUUAAUUUUCAGUUUUAUAACCAAAUUUAGUUAUGUGGAAAGGGGCAGGAAAAAGAAAAUCUAUGUAAGUUAUAUGUCAUGUGCUGAGCAUAAAUUGAUAAAUGAUAGCUUUAAACGCUCUGCUGUCUUUCUUGAGUUUUGAUUGUUUGUGUCUUUGUUUGUUUAUUUCUUGGGUUCUGACAUGUCGACAUGCACUGUUUUGGGAAGGGGGAUAAACUCAUAUUUGACUCUUUGAUCUGGAAACAGAAGACACUUUGGAUGACUCCUUACUAAAAAAAAAAAAGUGUGACCAAAUACUAGACUACUAUAAUACACAUUUAUUAUUAUUGUCUGUACAGCUUCCUGGACUUGUAGUGGAGCACCAUCUAUGCCAGCCUUCACAUUGGAGCAGAAUGUGUUUUCACUCUCUCUCUAUCUCUCUAUCUUUAUAUCUCUAUCUCUCCUAUACAUCGGCACAAAAACGCGUCAUGAUAUUGCUCUUAACUUUCAAAAAAAAAUCUGUUUAAAUGUAUGUAUACUACUGUACACUCUGCAUUGCAUAUAUAGUUAUAUAAAUAUAUAUAUAAAUAUAUAUAUAUAUUAAUGUACAGUUUGGGGGUCUUUUGUAUACAGUUUUUAACAGAUUGUUAUCUGUAGAUAUAUGUGGAUUUUUGCCAGCUUUUGUGUAGCUAUUAUUGGCAAACGACUGUA